GUAGCUGCAGAAUCCAACUGGGGAUGUAUACUUACUGCGUUUGCAAGGUGCUGGAGGAAACGUUCGCCGGAAAAUAGUUUUCUACGUUCUCCCUAUAUUCUCUGUUAACAACAAAUGAAGCCCUGGUCUAGGUGAACUUGCCGUGCCUUACCAGAUCCUUGACCGUGAUGGAGCGAAACAGCGCCUUAACUAUAGCAUUUGCUGUUGACGAGGAUAACUUGAUGGAAAGCCCACUCAGAAUCCCCAUGACACGUCUUGCAUCAGAGUGUGGGAAGUUUGAAAGUCAGGUUUCUUGGAAAGAAUUUUCAGGUCGCAAACGCAGACAUUUUGAUUCACAGCAUAAAAAUGGAUCCAGGCUGUUUGUUCGCAACCAUGCUGCCAAAGUCACGUUUGAAAUGUCCAGGAGGAGGCCUUGUCUGAUCCUGAGAGAUGUCCUAAAGACAGAACAGGGCAAGGCUCAUAUGGAGAGGAUAAAACAGAGUCAUACCUUGGGAAAUCAAGGACAAGUGUCAAGUAUGCGGAGGAAGAGUGGUCGGUGCAGAGAGGAACCCUUGAUCUGCCGACUCACGAGGUCCAGUGAGCAGGACGCCAGGAAUGAUGAAAAAAAGAGUGUAACCCCGAAACGCAGCCAGAAGACAACUUCCUCACCCUCUCACAGAUCCCGACUCAGGAGAAGCUUACAAAAUGCUGAUGACGACGUAGCCAAAGAAGAAAAAGAUAUCGAGGAGGUGAUAAUAGGAAAGGAUCGCGGAGAGGACUACAAGUUCGCUGAAGUUGUUGAUUGUGGGUUGUCAGUGAGCUGGGAGUCUGCCAAGGAUACACAAGGUUGUGAUGAGUUCUCCCCAGCUAGCAUCUCGAACAGGUGGACUGGUCCAGAACACAGUUCGAAGAGGAACAGAAAGGACGCAGUGUCCCAGUGCAAUGGACCAGGCAGUCCCAAACGCCACCGUGAGAGUGUGCUUCACCUCAACGGAGAAGAGGGAAGAGAUGGAGGACCGGCCCCCAUACGCAUUUGUCUGGAAGAAAGUGGAGAAGACAGAGAUUUGGAGAGCCUGGAUCGUACCAUUGUACAGUUCACUGUGGGAGCAGAUGAACCAGCAGAAGUUCUGGUCCCAAUAAUCAGUGCUGAUUUGGAGGUUGGACACCUAAUUGGUACUCCCAGCCAAAGUGUAUCGUCAAGCCAGGACAACACAACCAAAAGCAGCCCCUCAGAACCCAUUGUGCUGUCCAGUGAUGACGAGGAGAGCUGUGAUGUGCCUCAGCACGGCAGAUCACCGGUCCAUACACUGGUCCCUGUGGAAGACACAGUAAUACAGAGACAAUCCCCACAGCAAGAUGUGGCCAAACAGAAAGAAGCUUCUGACACAGAGGACAUGCAGGGGGUGCAUGAAGUUUCUCUCAUCCCAAGUAUAGACUACUGCUGCAUGGGCGUGGCCUUCUCCACCCUGCACUGUGGAGGUUACCAAGGGAAAUCGAAUGGAGACUUCAUGAUAGCAGACCAAAACAUCAUCAUCCCACUGAAAGACGCUAGUGGACAGGUGGAGGUGAUGCUGACCUUUGAGCGUAAAGCGCUGCGGAGGUACAGUGUUUGGGAGCAGCAGGAGCUGGAGGCGCAGGAGCUUCUCUUUCAGGGUGGCGAGGAGCCCUCUCCUCCUGCUGUCCUUCUGUUUUGUGUGUCAGAAGCUGCUGCAGCUGCUGUUCAGCAGGACCUCCUCAAGCUGUGCGUCAAACGAGAUGGAACCACGGAUACCGCCAAGGCGAGCCCCUUCAUUCUUCUGACUUUGAGAGAUCCUCUGGUGGGAAUGGAAGGGGCUUUAUUGCGCUCCCUCCUGGAAAUGGACUGUCUCAACAGCCUUGCAGAUGAAAAAUCCAUUGUUCCCCAGGAUGCAGACUCAGUCAGCGUUUUAGAAAUCGUCACUCCUGUUCUUUCUCUGGAUGAAAGCAUAGAGCUGAUAAGAAGAACUAGACUAGACUCUCACUUGCUGUCUCUACUGGGCCUGGAGGGCACUGAUCCCAGACUAGACACAGACCAGGAUGGGACACAUUCUGAUACAGACAAAAACACCGCUCCAUUCAUCCCUUCGGUUGAUCCACAGAAAGAGACAAUACUGGAGCUGCAGACUGCGACAGAACAGGAGACAGAGACACAGCUCAGACCAGAGGAGGACCGGACGGAACAAGAGCUCGAACAUCCUUCUGAGAAGAGAAAGGAGGAACCCGCUCCUGUAUACACACUGUGCCAUCGCAGAACCAAAGGAUCCUACUCCGUGUCCCUGUGUAAACCAGACUGCAGCUGGACUAAGUAUAAACAUCAGAGCCUGACUCAAAGGUUGAUUCAGUUUCCUCCUCCGCCUCUGAAAGGAGGAAUAACUGUCACAAUGGAGGACCUGCAGUGCCUUGACAGUGGAAAGUUCCUCAACGAUGUCAUCAUUGAUUUUUACCUCAAAUACCUCCUCCAUAACGCCUCUGCUGCUGUGACUGAGCGCUCCCACAUCUUCAGCAGCUUCUUCUACAAGCAGCUGACACGGAGGGACAAUGCCAGUGAAGGCGGCACCAAGGACACUGCUCUCAGCUGUCAGAGGCAGAAGCGGCACCAGCGAGUGAAGACAUGGACACGCCACGUGGACAUCUUCAAGAAGGACUUCCUGUUUGUGCCAGUCAAUCAGGAGGCUCAUUGGUAUUUAGUUGUCAUUUGCUUUCCUGGACUGGAUGAGCCAAAAUCCGAAUCCUGGAGUGGUCCAAACUCACAGGGGGGAAAGAGCCACAAUGGGACUGGCGAGUUACAGAAUCUAGAGUUGGCUCAAGGAUCUACAAGCCCACAUGAAAACACAGAGACACCACCUACACCACCUGCAUUAAACCACAGUGACAACAUGGACACUGAGACAGAAAACACUCAAGAAGAAUCCAACAAAGACCCAAAACCUGGUCCAGUGAGCUGCACAGAGCGGACCUAUCAGAAGAAAACAAUUUGCAAGAGGCCGUGUAUUCUCGUCAUGGAUUCCCUCAAACGCUCUCUUCACGAGCGAGUCUUCAAACUCUUACGGGACUACUUGGAGUCAGAGUGGGAGGCCCGUCGCGGUUCAUUGAGGGACUUCGGUCCUGAUCGCAUGCAAAGCUCACACUGCCACGUUCCGCUUCAGGACAACAGCAGCGACUGUGGCCUCUACCUGCUGCAAUAUGUCGAGAGUUUUUUGGAGGACCCUGUGGUACACUUUGAUCUCCCUCUACAUCUAGUACGUUGGUUUCCACGGCAGCAGGUGCGGAGGAAACGAGAUGAAAUCAGAGAUCUGGUGCUGCACCUUUACCGACGUCAAAACUUGGAUAGUAACAGAUAAGACACGUGAAGCAGCUCUGCUGUUCAGUGCGUAGCCAUUUCACUGUAAAUCAAUGCUCAUACCGAGCGACGGACACUUCAGUGUGAACUGAAAAUAUUUCCAUCAAGUUAGAUGCUGUUGUUAUGUUAACUUGAAUAAAACGUGUAAAGCUUUGACCAUCUGUGGGUCCUGUGAGUGAACAUGAAGGCACAAAAUGAUACAAAAAAUGUUUGUAUGUCCCGUCACCUUUUACUGAUUGUUUUUAUGCUGAAAGAUAUUUUAUAAAAGCGAUUCAUUGUAUUUAAUUUUUUAUGCAGAAUCACAAGUCAAAUUGUGUAAAAGUGUAACGUUAAAGCCUAGUUUGUGCUGCAAAUUGUAGUUGGUUUGACUUGCUUUGCUGACAUUCGUCAGACAGUUCAUUUCACGUCAUAUUUCAGUCAUGGGCUUUCUAAUCAAAACUGUUCUGAUUCGGCACGCUUUCUCCUGAUUUUCAGGCAGAGUACAAAAUACAUUCUAAGUUUCUUUCUGAAUUUCUUUAUAAAAUUACCUUAGUUGCUCAAAAUGAGACAGGUGUGCAGGAGAGGGACUAGUGGAUGGAAAGUUGCAAACACAGUCCUGCGUACUGUGUAACUUAUAAUAAGAAAUUUAUUUGCUACAUUUCGGUGCUACAGCAUUAUCAGGCAAGUGGUUUGUGACAAUAGGAAGCUUAAAUAGGAAGUGGCUUUAAGUCUGCAACCAAUCACAUCCCCCGUGUGCAGUAGGAAGGCAACAGUUUCCAGUACCAAUCAUAAAUGUACCCCCAGAAUGCUUACAUUCAAUGGGUAGAUAACGAUAAAAUGAAUGCUUAAAUCCCCAAAAUUUUAAAUUCAUUCUCAAAGCAUUAGGGAUAAUUAAGGGCAUUUCAUAGUAAUCCACCCAUUUAAUGUAAGCAUUCUGGGAGUACAUUUGUGAAUGUUAGUAUACAGAGUGUUGUAAUUUGUAACUCCAUUUAUGAUAUUGAAGACUGUCAUACAGUAGUUUUGUAUCUAUGCCUGCACAUGGAGAAUGUUAUCGGUUGCAGACUUACAGGCACUUUCUUUUUAAGAAGGAAUCUCAUGGUCACAAACCAUUUGCCUGAUGACGGUUUAGCGCUGACAGUUUGCCGGAGUCUGCUUGCAACUUGGAAAAAAGUGACAUGUCGAUAAAUCCUCGGGAACUGGAAUCCCAACAUGAAACAGCAGUUCCGUCUUUUGACCCUUGUUGGAUACAUGGAACAAAGAAAUGAACUCCUUCCGUCACUCAGUGCCUCACUCAGUUAUCCCGUUAGCCUCCCAGUGCUAGAUAGGAGACAUGGUAGUGUCUUAAGAUAGUAACAAGCUAGACUCGCUCACUCACCUUUCUUUGGAACAAAACUGAAAUGUUGUAUGCUACCAUUUAUCAGCAAUGCACAUACAUUAGCAUGUCAAGCAGUAUGCAAACGUAAAACCUUUUUAAGUAAGACCUAAGAGACGUUGCCGUCUAUCACUCCUUCUGUCUGAUAGUCCUGUGGUUUUUGUUCAGAUGUUAAGUCUCCUUUAACACCUCAUGACAUCCUCUGUGACAUGUUCUUUUUAGACAUUGUGUUCAUUAUACAGAAGCUGCUUCCAAAUUAUCUUUGGUUUCAUUUGUAUAUUAAAACUUGCAGAACAAAU